AUGAAGCUUCCCUCAUCCUGUUUGUUAGCCUUGGUGGCUGGCAGCUCAGCUCUCAACAUCCCUUCUCACCAUGACGCGCCCUUGACCAUCAAGACAACCUCUGGAGAACUGACAGGCUUCAUCAAUGAAACUGCCCCUUCUGUACGACAAUUCCUCGGCGUUCCCUUCGCUGAACCGCCAGUCAAGUCUCUUCGCUUUCAGCCUCCCCGUCGUCUACAUGGCAAGGGUUCGAUCUCAGCCAAGAAGUAUGCGCCAUCAUGCAAGCAAGCCCUUAGCAAUGCGCCAACGGUCUACAACCAGUACAUGACACAGUUCCUGAUCAAUGGCGGACAAUCCGAAGAUUGUCUGUAUCUCAACGUCUAUGCCCCGUUGAACCCAACUUCGAAGCGUUUACCUGUUAUGAUCUACAUCCCUGGAGGUGGUUUCACAGGUGGCGGCGCAGACUCCCUUUACAAGAUUCCCGAUAAAUGGAUUCAGAAAACUCAAGCCCACAUUGUUGUCACGAUGAACUAUCGUGUCAAUGUAUUCGGCUUCCCCAAUGCGAAGGACGCGCACCAGAAUGCUGGUUUGCUGGACCAGCGCAUGGUGGUUGAGUGGGUACGCGACAACGUCGCUGGUUUUGGAGGUGACCCAAACCAAAUGGUUCUCUGGGGACAGUCUGCUGGUGCUGGAUCAGUAGGAAUGUAUGGAUACGCGUAUCCUAAGGACUUGAUUGUGAAAGGCCUAAUUUCUGACUCCGGAGCGCCGGGUAUGCUGGUCAAGCCGUAUGGCAACUACACCGACUUUGACACAAUUGCUGCUAAGCUCGGCUGCAAGACAGGCAAAAAGCAGUUGGAGUGUAUGCAGAAGGUUGAUGCUUCAGAGUUGCAGAAGGUUUACUCAGAGACGGCUGGUGUUUCAUUCACACCCGUGGGAGAUAACACUACAGCCUUUUCCAAUACUACUGAUCGCCUCGCCAGAGGUCUCGUCACGAAAGUGCCUUGGAUCUUUGGCAACAAUGCCAACGAAGGCGCUGGCUUCGGCACCUUCAACAAGAGUGGCGUAUCUGCUUCACAGCUCGCUAUUGGCCGGGCCGCAAUUGUGUGUCCCGUUGCUGCAGAAGUCGAGAAUCGUGAGAAGUUUGGAUACCCGACGUAUCGAUACUACUACACUGGAAACUUCUCCAAUAUAUCGCCGCUCCCUUGGAUCGGAGCAACGCACAGUGCUGAGUUGCCUCUCAUUUUCGGAACCCACUAUGAGUACCGUGGCAACUCUAUAGAGUACGAGUGGCAGGUUGCUGACGGAAUGCAAAGUCUCUGGCUGUCAUUCGCAAAGAAUCCCACCAAGAAUGGCAUUAAAGGGGACGGUGUGACCUGGCCGCUAUAUAAGCCUGACCAGAAGAAGAUGGCUGUCCUUGCAGAGACGGGUAAGAAGUGGUUCCAGCUAGGCCCCGAAAGCCUUACGGAUGACCAAUGUAGCAAGACAUGA